UGUGCUAGCCCCUCUGGGAGAGCUCAUCCGACCAGACGUUUCUUUGUGUGACUCUGUGGUCCAAUGACUCGGGGCUUUGCUGGCUCAGCUUUGUGGGCCCAGAUCAGGAGCCGGGGCCGUCGGCAGCCUCCAGGACUGGACACUGCCUUUGGAAAUAGCCGCUAAGCAUCGUUGGGUAGCUUUGUGCUAUCUCCUGUCUGGUUCAUCUACAGCCUCUUCAUGAAGCUUUUUGGGAAGUCGCCUCCUCCCAUCACCUUAGAGAACCCUGAGGUGAAGUACCCACUGAGGCUGAUUGACAAAGAGAAUAUCAGCCAUGACACACGGAGGUUCCGAUUCGCUCUCCCCUCUCCACAACACGUUCUGGGGCUCCCCAUUGGUCAGCACAUUUACCUCUCAGCCCGGAUCGAUGGGAACCUGGUCAUCCGGCCCUACACCCCCGUCUCCAGCGAUGAUGACAAAGGCUUCGUGGAUCUGGUUAUCAAGAUUUACUUCAAAGACACGAACCCCAAGUUUCCUGCUGGCGGGAAGAUGUCCCAAUAUCUGGAGAGUCUGAAAACUGAUGACACUAUUGACUUCAGAGGCCCCAGUGGACUGCUGGUCUACCGUGGUAAAGGGAAGUUUGCCAUCCGUCCUGACAAGAAGUCGGAGCCUGCCAUCAAGACGGUGAAAUCAGUGGGCAUGAUUGCAGGAGGGACAGGUAUCACCCCGAUGCUGCAGCUAAUCCGUGCCAUCAUGAAGGACCCUGAGGACCACACCGUCUGCCACCUGCUCUUCGCCAACCAGACAGAGAAGGACAUCCUGCUGCGACCCGAGCUGGAGGAGCUCAGGAACCAGCACUCGGCCCGCUUCAAGCUCUGGUUCACUGUGGAUAAAGCCCCGGAAGACUGGGACUACAGCCAGGGCUUCGUGAACGAGGACAUGAUCCGGGAGCACAUGCCCCCGCCCGAGGCGGAGCCCCUGAUCCUCAUGUGCGGACCCCCCCCCAUGAUCCAGUACGCCUGCAUCCCCAACCUGGACAAAGUGGGCUACUCCAAGGAGCUGCGCUUCUCCUUCUAGGGGCCUGGGGCGGCGCGCUGGGGGAGAGGGCCACGUCCCCCCCACGGCCGGCUGCAGGCCCCCCUCCCGGAGGGCCCGGGGCCACGGCCCCCGCGGUCCCAGACGUCUUUUCCUGGCCAUUAUUCUCGGUCACACGCUGCCUAAAGAGUAAGGAGGCUUUCCUCCCGGUCUUGGGAGACUUUCUGGUUUUAUUUUUUACUUUUUAACUCUUCGUUUUUCCUUCUCCAAUCAGCCCGCCUCCCAGGCAAGGAGAGGCUUCCCGGGAGGCGCAGCGGGUGGCUCCCCCCCGCCCCGGCGCCCUCAGCCACCUGGGGUCUCCCCGGGCCUCGAGGGUCCCUGAGCCCGGCCGCCCACACCCCCUCCCGGGGGCGGCUUCCCCGUCACUGAGGGGCUUUUGAGUCAUUCGGGCCGAGGAAGGAGCCCCCUUGGUGGGCAGGGGGGCCCCGGCUCCUGGACAGUCCCGGGGGAUCCUGGUCAGCGGGUCCCUCCCGGGGCCCCGAGAUGGGCGAGGGCAGAGCUCGGCUGGGGCAGCGUUUGCUCCCCUGCCUCUUGCACUUGGAGAGCUGGGAGGGGUCCUAAGGAGGGGACCCUGAAAGCUGGGGCCACAGUGGGGAUUGGGCCCAGAAUGAGGGGAGCUCCCGGCCCUCGAUGGCGACUGGAAGGGACCCCACGCGUCCGAGGGGCGCAAGAGAGAGACGAGGGAGGGCGGGAAGGAGAGACAAGGGAGUGCAGGGGAUGCUGCUUCCCCCCCUUAGCACGGCUGGGCAAGGGUCCCGACCACGCCCCCCGCCCAUGGCAGCCCCUAUAGGAAGCCAGGUUCCAGAGUGUUCUCCCCCAAGGAGAGACCCCAGGGGGGCCCCGCUGGGAUUCCCCCCCAGGCAGUCUGGCCCCAUACGGCUCCACUGUGCUCUGUCCUUGGGCCGGCUGCUGGGGGGGGGGCUGCCUUGGGUGAGAGGUCCGCCUCCACUCAGAGCCCCCUGCCCACAACCAGAGGGCAGCCAACAGUGCCCCCGGCAUGGGGGGGGCUGGGCCGGUCCAGGCAGGCGAGGGGGGAGGGUGUGAGUGUGCAAGAGCAAGUGUGCGAGAGAGUGAGUGUGCAAGUGUGUAAGGGGUGAAUGUAAGUGUGCAAGAGUGUGGCAGGGCAUGAGUGUAAGAGAGUGUGUGAGAGAGUGAGUGUGCAAGUGUAUGAGGUGAGUGUAAGUGUGCAAGAGUGUGGCAGGGUGUGAGUGUGCAAGAAGGGGUGAGUUUGCAUGAGCGUGUGUGUGGGUGUGAGUGUGUCCCAGUGAUGGGAAGCAGAAGGGGUUGCGAGGGGGAGACAAAAGCAGGGGCUGCAGGGGGUGGGCACGGGCCGGACCUUCGGCCCAGGGGCUGAGGCGGGGUGGGGUCUGCUGCCCCGGGUGCCAGGGCAGGGGGCCAGGGCAGGCGGUCGGCCUUUGUUUCCUCCUCCUCCCACAGUGGCUUUCUCCCAGACUUCCUUUUGUGUAGAAACCAGAAUAAAACUUCGCUCACUGCA